ACGCAUCAUAAUUUCAAAUCUUCUCUUCUCUUCUCUUCUCGUGCUCUGUUUAUUCUAAAAUGGCGGAUUCACAGAGCCUAACGCCGUCGUUUCCGGCGGCGAUUAUUAUUGCCCUCGCCUUCGCCUCUCUGUUUUGUUCUGUUUCUUCUUACGACCGCCCGCCGCGGCGCCGGAAUCUCUUCUUUUCUCGCCGGCAAGAUCUCGAUUCUGAUUCUCCAGAACAGGUGCAUAUAUCGCUUGUUGGUGCUGACAACAUGAGGAUAUCAUGGAUAACCGAGGACUCUGCACCGGCUGUGGUGGAAUAUGGCACAUCCCCACAAGUUUAUAGCAAUGUUGUAAAUGGAACUACUUCAUCAUACAGAUAUUCCUUUUAUAAGUCUGGUCAUAUUCAUGAAGUAACCGUGGGUCCUCUCAACCCCGAUGCGACUUAUUACUAUCGUUGCAGUGCCAAUUCUGCCCGGAAUUUCAGUUUCAAAACCCCUCCUGCUCACCUCCCCAUCAAGUUUGCUGUCAUUGGUGAUCUUGGGCAGACAGAAUGGACCAAAACAACUCUACAAAAUGUAGCCAAAUCAAACUACGAUGUGCUGCUACUUCCUGGAGAUCUGUCGUAUGCCGAUUUCAUUCAGCCUCUAUGGGACUYGUUCGGUAGGCUCGUUGAGCCGCUGGCUAGCCAAAGGCCAUGGAUGGUGACUCAGGGCAACCAUGAAGUAGAGCACAUCCCAUUGAUUCAUUCUCAGUCCUUUACGGCAUACAAUGCAAGAUGGCACAUGCCUUUCGAACAAAGCUCGUCGACUUCCAACCUUUACUACUCAUUUGACACGGCCGGUGUGCACGUUAUCAUGUUGGGAUCUUAUACCGAUUUUGACUCAAAUUCGGCACAGUAUGAAUGGCUUGUUGUGGACUUGAAGAAGAUCGAUCGAGCCAAAACUCCAUGGAUCGUGGUGCUUAUUCAUGCUCCAUGGUACAACUCCAACACUGCUCACCAGGGAGAGAAGGAGUCUGUUGACAUGAAGGCAGCCAUGGAAGAACUGCUUUAUCAAGCUCGUGUAGACGUGGUCUUUUCCGGGCAUGUCCACGCCUACGAGCGCUUCACUCGUGUUUAUAAUGGAGAAGCAAAUAAUUGUGCUCCAGUAUAUAUAACAAUUGGGGACGGAGGCAACCGUGAAGGUCUUGCGAGCAAGUAUAUCGAUCCAAAGCCAGAGAUUUCAUUAUUCAGAGAAGCUAGCUUCGGACAUGGCCAAUUUGAGGUUGUGAAUGUGACACAUGCGCUCUGGACAUGGCACAGGAACACCGACACCGACAGCGAUGUAGCUGUCGUUGGCGACUCCUUAUGGUUUACGAGCCUCUCUUCUGAACCUGCCUGCAGAAUAUAAAUUAUAGAUUGUCAUUAUAGAUCUUGCUAAUUAACAGCCAAUUAAUAUUGGAAGGAAAAAGAAGAAACUCUCACACAGUCUAGCUUUACACAUGCAUGGAAGUGCAAGAAAUCAUCUCUUUUUGGAGGAGUUCCCUAGUAACAUUCUCAUGAGAGAUGACUCCAUUUUAUCCACACAUCAUUCAUAAUAUUUGGGUGUAGUUUA